CUCACGCUUAACGCCAUCUUGAAGUUACAGUUUGUGAAGAGUCCCACAAAACAAAACGGCCCCUCGCUUCCGCUGCUUCCUUGGGUGAUAUGAACGGAGCCCGAAACAAACCGUCACAGGCAGCCGGUAAGAGCCACAAGGAGGCGGACACAGCGACGGAGAGCAACCGGGACAGGAAGGCCGCCGGCGGAGGAAUGCUGAGGAAGCUGAAGUCGAGGCGCAGCCACACGGAGAAGUGGCCUCCGGUCACAGAGGAUGAGCUCCGGGUUUUGGGGACCGAUAUUUCCCCGGACCAGGUUCUGGGUCUGCGGGUGGUCACGGAAGAUUAUCUUUGCAGACCUGAGGAUAACAUCUACAACAUCGACUUCACACGCUUUAAAAUCAGAGACCUGGAGACGGGGACGGUCCUCUUUGAGAUAGCCAAGCCUCCUAACAGCGGUCAUGCAGAGAAAGAGGAGGACAGCGUGGACGGAGACUCCAGCGCGGGACGCUUCGUCCGAUACCAGUUCACACCAGCCUUCCUCAAGCUUCGCACCGUCGGGGCGACCGUUGAGUUCACCGUGGGGGACCGGCCCAUCAACAGCUUCCGGAUGAUCGAGAGGCAUUACUUCCAGGGUCGGCUCCUGAAGAACUUCGACUUUGACUUCGGCUUCUGCAUACCCAACAGCCGCAACACGUGCGAACACAUCUACGAGUUCCCUCAGCUUCCCGAAGACCUGAUUCGCCAAAUGGUGGAGCAUCCAUACGAGACCAAAUCCGACAGCUUCUACUUUGUGGACAACAAGCUGAUCAUGCACAACAAGGCAGACUACGCCUACAACGGGGGGCUUUAAGGCCCCAACGAAGGAACGGGUCCAGGAAGUAUUUUUAUUGCUAGAAAGCAGACACCUUAAUAAAGACCACCUCUGCCUUACAACGAGAGCAUGGUUCCUUCUUAAAGUACCUCAGAGAAGCUCCGCUUCACAGACUGCGAACAGUUCUGAUUUCCGAUGUGAUCCGACUCGUCCCCGUUUGAACGAUUCACCGCCGUCUCUGCUGGAAGGGGACGCCUCCGCUCACUGAUUUACUCUUUUUUUUUUAAACAAUUGGAUUUCCUGAGUGGAAAAGCAAACUGGAUGUUUUCCAGACAUUUUAAUUCAAACGUUAGAUGAACGCUGAGCUGUGUGGACCUUAAAUACGAUGCCUUAUUGGAGCUGUUUGUGUCUGAAAAGACCGUUUUUUUUUUUGUUGUUUUUUUUUUCUUUCUGACUCACAGUAGACGAUUUCCUUCAGUUUAGAAAAAGCAGGACCAUCUCAUCAUCACAGAUCUCCUUCAUCUGUCUAAGCUGUGGUGGGAAGUUUGCUGUUUGAUCAAAUCUAGAAGGAAUGAAGGUUAAAUUGCGAAAGAUUAGGUUUAUUAACAUUUUCACAGCGUCUGCAUCGAUAUGUUUAGUUUGUUUUGUUUAGAUUCAACCUGUAGAUGUGAUUCUACCUGUUUAGUUCAUGAAAUCUGUCUUCUGGAUUUAUUAGUAACUUCUAAUUUAAUAAAACCUACAGGGUCACCAUACUUUAUACUCAGCAACCAGGUGCACACUUCUACCAAAUGGUGCUUUAAAGAGCCCAUUUAUCCCUACAGGGAUGUUUCCUGACCCUUACAGGAAGCUGGAGUACCCAGAGGGAACCCUCAAAGGCAUUGGAGACCUUUUAAUGUGUGUGUUAAAAAAUGCAGUGCUUUCUACUUCCAUGUAGUUCAGCGGUUUGGUUUGAAUUCCUUCCCAGCAGCUGCCUCAUUUCUCCUCUCUUUGUUGUUUACUGUGAUUUUGUGGAGUUUUAAUCUACGAGAAGGAGGCCUUUUCAAAUCAAAGGUGCCUAAAAAAAAAUAUAAAUAAAAAUCAUGGAAAGUAAGAACAACGCACGGAGCAGGAAUGUGCCUUAAAAUCUGAUGCUACAUGUUUUUAAACCCUUAGGAGAUUAUAAUGGAGGCCAUUAAUGGCUUCGAUCGGUGGGAUUUCAGUCGUAUGUUUGAACAAUUUCAUUCUAGUGUUUGUUUCUGAUGUUUGUCGUUUUAAAUGUUUCUACAGAGCAGAGCUACUCUGGCUGCUGCAGACGUCUGAGAUGUUUUUGUUUUGCUCUAAUGCCUUGAUAAGCACAUAAACGCUCUUUGUUUGACCGUCUUCCUGUAAGCUGUUGUAUAAUAUCCCAUUUUUUUAUUUGAUUAGGAUAUUAAUAAAUAAAAAGAAGUGAUUGUUGGACAAAUUCCCA